AUGAUUGCAAUAACUGUCCUGAUUAGUGAUAUCACGACCAGAGCUAACCAGCCCUCUGCAACACGGCAAGAGACCAGUGAUCUCAGGACCAGAGCUAACCAGCCCUCUGCAAUACAGCAAGAGACCGGUGAUAUCACGACCAGAGCUAACCAGCCCUCUGCAACACGGCAAGUGACCAGUGAUAUCACGACCAGAGCUAACCAGCCCUCUGCAACACGGCAAGUGACCAGUGAUAUCACGACCAGAGCUAACCAGCCCUCUGCAACAUGGCAAGUGACCAGUGAUAUCACGACCAGAGCUAACCAGCCCUCUGCAACACGGCAAGUGAUUAGUGAUAUCACGACCAGAGCUAACCAGCCCUCUGCAACACAGCAAGUGACCAGUGAUAUCACAACCAGAGCUAACCAGCCCUCUGCAACACAGCAAGUGACCAUUGCUAUUAUGACCAGAGCUAACCAGCCCUCUGCAACACAGCAAGAGACCAGUGAUAUCAUGACCAGAGCUAACCAGCCCUCUGCAACACAGCAAGUGAUUAGUGAUAUCAUGACGAGAGCUAACCAGCCCUCUGCAACACAGGCAUCUGUACACCCAAACACUAAAUCAGCACAGGUGGUGCUCCUCAAUCUUGCAUCCCAAAUUGACAGUAACCAAAGAUGCAGGUUCGACAUUAAAACAGGUCCAUAUCCAUAAAUGCUAAAUGCAAGAUGAACAUAGUAAAAUAGUAGCCAUCAGACUAACAAUAAAUGGACCUGUUCAUGAUACUAUGAAAAACUAUUACA